UUAAAGUUUUCUUGCCUUGCAGUAAAUAUAUUCACAUUCAUCUAAAUGGAUGUGGGAGCGGCGGCUGCGGCUGCAACAACGCCUAGGCCUACUUUCAAUGUAACGUUUUUUGCAAGUCCAGCUGGAUGGUUUAAAAUAGCAGAAAUAAUACUCGGCCUUCUGGUGUUCGCGCUUCUUGCACCCGAGGGCGCCUACAGAGUUCAUCCUGGACUCGAAUUUGUUAUGUUUGUUGCUGUUUUUGUGUGGAUUUUAACAAUAGUCCUCACUGUUAUUUACAUGUUUUCUCUUCAUUCCACUGUUUUAUCUGGAGCACCAUGGGAUGUCAUUGAAUUCGCAUUCAAUGUAUUUUGCACUCUCUUAUAUUUCAUUGGAGCAAUCGUAGAAUCCGCUUUCGUUGGAGGGAUUUCAGUUUGGGUGGCAUCAACUGUGUUUGCUUGGUUCCUUCUCAUUGUUUAUGGAUGUCAUACUCUCUAUGCUUAUCGAGUUUGGAAAGGUGAACUGUCAUGCUUGGGUGGUAGUAAUGCAGGAAAUGACGUCAACACAUGAUGUGAAAAUAUACACAAAACAGAUGAAAAAUGUUUCCUACCAUAAAACUUGAUUAUAUAUGGGGGAAAUAUGUGUAAGAAAAAUUACAACAGAUGCAAUCUUGUUUUUAUACCUGCCAUAAUACACCUAUACAAACAUAGCACCUUUGACAUAGAAUCAACGACGUAAAAUGGAAGUAAUAUUUUAGAAGUUUGUCAUGAUUUUUAACAAAUAUGUCAAAAAUAUUAUCACUCCUCUAAUUUAUCUAAUUAUUUGUAAUUUGACUUUGUUCAUAGUUUAGAUAAUAUCGUUAACUGUGAUUCAAUUUUGUAUUCACAUGUACUAUCACAUUCACGUAUUUUUUAACGUUUCAUUUCC